CAUCAACCCCGCAGGAGCACUCUUUCCAUUUUUCGCAUCUCUUCUGUCACUAUUUCAUUAUAAUCACCCUUCGUUUUCCCGUUUUCUUAUACUUCUCCUUCCGCUUAACCCACUCCAGGAACAGACAAUCUGCUUUCUCCUUUUCGGAUAGCAGGCACGGCAUGGCAUCACCUACCACGAAGGAUGCCUCCAGAAAUUUCAAGUCCACGCAGAAGGAAGCCAUCUGUGCAAGGAUUACAUCGCCAAAGCAACAAACCAAAUCCAGUACAAGCACCAGCACCGGUGACAGGAAUGCAGCGCCUAGAUCUUUCCGAAAUGCUUCGGCACAGGGCGACUUGUCGACUAGGCAUUUACAGCAUCUGUCAUGGCAGCGCUCAGACAGACCCCUACUCUUGGUGUCAACGGUUUUUCGGGGACCUCUCAAGAUUUCUCCGUGGAGCCAUAGAUCCCCUCCAGAGCAAAGAACGCCAUCCAAGCAGGAGCCGACCGAUACAACUUCAAUUCGCCUAUUAACGCCACCAAUAUCAAAUGCCAUCACCGAGCCAUCGUCUGUUACACAAGAAUAUCCCAAAAAAUUGACACACAGCACAGCCGAUAUUUUGACGAAAGAUGCAGUUGGAGUGCAGGAGCCAAUGCGCGCCUUGCGGAGUAACCCCGCUCAAGAUACUUAUGCGGAUGCGACCUGGAAUAAGAACCAACACCCUAUAGUAGCGACCUCGUCAAUGGAUGGUCAGAGGGAGGUCGGAAGAACAGCGGAAAAUCUUUCUGCUGCCGGACAUGCGACUGGCUUGCGGAAACUGACCGAAUACAUCCCUCCUCCACUGCCUAGUCUACUUGGCGCUAGACCGAUACCCGCAUCAUGCCCAUCCCUCCCACCGCAAUUUUGCUCAAACCAGGCAGUAUAUUCUGCAGACGCCUCAACCCAGAACACUGCGACUAAAAGUAGAGGGCACAUGAGAGGUUCGUCUGUGCCUAACGAAGUUCAGGAGCGGAAGACGCAGCUGAAGCUGAGCGUCGAUCGGAUACGGCCGUACGCGUCUAACACAUCAGGCCAAGCUCCGGCAAUUGAGACCAUUUCUGUCAGAAAACACUCCCUAGAUUCUAGUAUGGAUCGUCUUUCAGAAGCACUCUCGACUGAACAGGGGCCCCGACGUGAAGGAACGGAUUCAGGGCGCAUGGAUCAAGACAGUUCCAAUAGCAAUGUCACCUCCAUGAAGAGAUCAACCCUUUCAAACAUGAAUAACGCGACGACGGUCUCAUGCUCAAUCCCAAUACCAAAUGAACCUCCAAAUCAGAAGAUAUCAAGAAAGCAGAGCUCGAUACUCGAGGCAGCAAUCGGAACGUUUCCAGAAUUUCAAGUCCAUCUCGAGGAGCCGCGGCACAGUAACGAGAAAGCGAACAAAAACAAAGUAUCUACCAAUAAUAUGAAGUUGGACUAUUCCAAUCAAUGUCGUGGCGAAUCAAGAGAAACACCUGCCCGUAGGAAACCUUCUGGAAGCGCUGUCGAUAAUGUCGAUCCCGAAUUGCACGUUCUAAAGCGUCGCCUGCGGGUUCAGCCAUCGCAAAUGGAGAACGUCGAAAAAAUCUCCGAGACGUCUACGAACUCACCUUUGAUUUCUUCAGUUACUGCCGUGAGUGGCAAAACGACUGCGCCUACUGUGGCCACAUCGCGAACUCCAAAGAGGAAGAAGAGUACCGAAUUGGAGAACGCAAGCAGACCAACAUUGAUAUCCAAGGACAGGUCGCCUUCCAGUUCGCUAACUCUUACAGGACCCAAAAUGGACUCAUCCAAGCGGCGGAAGCCCAAGCGGUCGUCGUCAGAGAUCACUACAACGGAAUCUGCACUGCCAUCACAGGAUAUCACCUCAAGCGCGGCAUUUGAGGCAAACAUGUUUGACAUUGAGCAGUAUGUCGAGCAAGAUCUGCAGGGCUAUAAUCAGCUCUCGUACUAGGCUUGUCCAUUUGCAUUAUUCUCAUAAUAAAGAUUCCUUUUCAUCCUUGGCCGCGAAUUGUAUGCAAAUGCCGUUCUCAUGGAGGAUGACGCAGUGGGAUGCUUUGCCCAUGGUCGAGCGAUCAUAUCUUGUGCGUUAUCCUCAAACUCUGCCCUGGCGCAGAUUGACUGGCAGCAGAACGGAGCAGCUACUGUGCGUCAUCACCACAGCUGAGAUUAGGUAUCCGUCCUAUUGAU